AUGGACAUUGCUGCUGAACCCUGUGUCCAAGUGGAUGGGAGCCCAAAAUGUUGCUUUUUUAAAUUUAGCCCCAAAAUAACAUUUACAAACGUGGUGCGAGCUCACCUCUGGGUUUACCUGCGUCCAGUCCUGCACACCUCCACGGUGUACCUGCAGAUCCUCAGGCUGAAACCUGUGACGGAGAAAGGCAGCAGGCACUCACGGAUCCGAUCCUUAAAAAUAGACUUGAACUCCCGCAACGGGCGCUGGCAAAGUAUCGACUUUAAGCAUGUGCUGCAGAACUGGUUCAAGCAACCUCACGCCAACUGGGGCAUUGAGAUCAACGCCUUUGAUAUGAACGGCAAUGACCUGGCUAUCACAUCUCCAGGAAAUGGAGAGAAGGGACUGCAACCAUUUCUGGAAGUCAAAGUGGCAGAAACAAAUAAACGUACUCGGCGAAAUUUGGGGCUAGACUGCGAUGAGCACUCCACAGAGUCACGCUGCUGCCGUUACCCACUAACAGUUGAUUUUGAGGCCUUUGGCUGGGACUGGAUCAUUGCUCCCAAACGAUACAAAGCCAACUACUGCUCUGGUCAAUGCGAAUAUAUGUUCAUGCAGAAAUACCCACACACCCACUUGGUGCACCAUGCCAAUGCCCGGGGCUCAGCAGGUCCCUGCUGUACACCUACCAAAAUGUCGCCCAUCAACAUGCUUUACUUUAACGACAAGCAACAGAUCAUCAACGGUCAAAUUCCAGGCAUGGUGGUCGAUCGAUGUGGCUGCUCUUAA